UCGAGUCACACACACACCCCACCAGUUUGGGCAAGCAGCAGUGUUGAGAUGGACAGCCGGACGGAGGAGGGCUCGCCCAUCUAGCUUUGGAGCCAAAGUCCCUGAAGGGGAGAAGCAGACGCGGAGGAGUCAGGUAACAGGAGCGCAACUUUUUGCCCGGAAUGCAGAGUCAGGAACAGUUUGCAUGGGAUGGGUGGGUUAUUAUUGGACACUUCUCCAUAGACAGCUUUCUUUCCCAGGCCACCACGCCUCUCCUAAGGUUUCAUUACUGGCCAUAAGAGCUUUAGAGCCGUCCUGCACGAGGCCUUUGACUGUGUGCUCGGGAUUGCUCACCCGCAGUAGUUUGCGGGUCCUUUCCAAAACCUCCUCCUCCUCCUCCUCCUCCGGGGCCUCUCACGGAAAAGCAGCUCUUGGUCUACCAAGCUAGGAGUCAGGACUUGAGCAUCACCCCCGGAGAGGCCAACAUGGACAGAGAAGCAGAGCCGACGGGAGCAUCUCCUCCAGACCACAGGAGAGGAGAGGAGAGAGAGGUGGAGCUCCGCUCUUCGACAGAGCGCACCACGCCUCCCGGAGUCACGGAUUCAGAGGCUCAAACCGAAUCCACCCCAGAACCGAGGUUGUACGUGCCACCCGUACCUGUUACUGGGAUCGCCAAUCCUGGCUUUACAGAAGACCCUCCGCCGUAUUCUCCCCCAGACCCAAAGACCGUCCACCUGCUGUAUCCGUCGUUCCCGACCAACAUGCCUGGGCAAGGAGCCAUUUUUUUCCAGCCGGCCCCUCUGCAACAGGCCCUGAAUCGGACGGCGGAUGCGCUUCCCGAAUCGUACCCUUUCACCAUUUACAACAGCUCCCUCUUCAGCGAGAUCCCCAUAGAGGUUGAGCAGGAGCGCCCGCCCAAAGAUUACAUGGUGGAAUCCGUGCUGGUGAUGAUCUUCUGCUGCUUGUUGACUGGAGUGAUGGCAUUUGUUUACUCCGAUGAGGCGCGAACUGCCGUCAGCCAAGGAGACCUUGUCCGUGCCAAGGCAGCCUCCCGGAAAGCUCGUCUGCUAGUCGCGGUCAGCCUGUUCUUUGGCUUCUUCGUUUCCAGCAGCUGGGUGAUCUACGUCGUGAUGACGCUCUACGAGUGAUCGGGAAUGGCAGGUCCUGCAUCACUUCUCCUGAACCCACACAUACAUGGGGGCACAGAAAAGAGAGGAGGCGGUGCGUCUAUGCAGAAGCCUGGCGAUUCAAGGCCACCCAGAUCCUGCCCCGUCUUCCCCUUCUCGGUUCGCCCACAGGCCGGCCAACUAUCCCGGAACUGGCCUUUUAUGCUUCCCCAAUCGGCCGUUCGGCCAAAUUAACUGAAUCAGCGGAAGAAGGUGCCUGUCGAGGAGGAGGAAAGAUGCUGGGAAAUUGGACGCAGAAGUCAUCACCUGCCAGGCUUGACCGCAGGGGGAUGGAAGCAUCUAAGUCCUCCAACAGUGCCUGGCCCAAAUCUAGAUCUGGAAUGUGCGUUCCCAGGGCCGGCCCAAGAUAUUCUGCUGCCUGUGGCAAAAGACAAAAUGGGGUCGCCCUCCUUUCCACACACAGAAGCCAACAGGACUCAUAGCUGAAUCUUUCUUUAACCCUGGCAAUGGGCUGGCCUUCCUCUACCAUAUCCUAGGACAGCAGGCAGUUCUAUCCUGCAAGACAAGGGUGUCCCAGGAGGAAAUCUGGGGUGUGUGUGUGUGCCACUGCUGCCCUCCAGCACCUGCCGCCUGAGGCAGUUGCUUCCCUCUGCUUAAUGGUUCACAAACAGCCGGCCAGUGUGGUGUAGUGGUUAGAGCGUUGGACUGGGAUUCAAGAGAUCCAGGUUCUAGUCCCCACUUCGCCAUGGAAGCUCACUGGGUGACUUCGGGCCAGCCACUGACUCUCAACCUAACCUACCUCGCAGGGCUGUUGUGAAGAUAAAAUUGUGAGGAGAGUCUUGGUAUCCUUGCAAAAGGAAAAAAAAAAGGCAGGAUAUAAACAUAAUAAAUAAUAUAAUAAUAAGUAAAAAAAAUCUUCACUUGUAAAGCUGAUGACACUAACCAGCAUUGUGUUCAUGUUCAUCUUUUAAAACAACAACAAAUCAAUGUGGGGAAAUUUAAAUUAGCUCCCAUUUUUCACAAACGGCAUGAACGAUUGUGACCAGACCCUGUGAUGUAAAUACUCUCUUUUAUAUGGCAAGUGUAAUUCACUCGUGUAGAUUAUGGACUAAAAAGUCAUGAUCCCACAGUCCAAAUGCAAUAAAAAACAGGGUGAACAAAUGGGUCCUGGGGGGGGGGGUCAGGGGACACUUGAAGAUGCUUUUCAAUGGCUGCCCAUUGUGAAGGUGUUAAGUUUUCUUUUCCUCUUCCCUCCUGAUUCCUUUUCCUUGUGUGUCGUGUCUUUUUCAAUUGUAAGCCCCUAGGCAGGGGCGGUCUUGUUUUACUGAUGAUAUGUAAGCCGCUCCAAGACUCCUUUUGGUAAAUAAAUGA